AUGAAUUUCGAGGAGCUCACCACAAUCAGCUUCUCACCUUCGAUCCCAUUCAUGGAUGCGCCAAAGCAGAGCCGACCGGUCCACACAGCUCGAACUUUGAAGGCAUGCGAUAUGCAAACGAAGCUGCUCGCGAUACCUGGUGCUGUCGAAAGGCACAACAUCAUGAUUGGAUGCAUCGUUGCCUCAAUUGCUACAGCACAAGUUGCAGCAUGCCGGCUUCUAGAGGACCGUGCUCUUUCCAUAGCUCGUGAUCGCGUGCGACUGAGCAUCGGCUAUCUGAACGCCAUGGGCACGUUCUGGCCAACAUCCGCGACUAUGGCGAAAGAGGUUCGCUUCGUGGCUCGCAGCGCGCUCACCAGAUUGCCGAAUACCAUCGCAAGCCAGCCGGACCCCACUGCAGAGUCUGAAAUACCUCGUGAUGAGUUGAUCUGGCCAAUCGAUCCUUCAGCUCAGAUUGACAUCUACGCUGGCAUGUCCAUUCCUCUGGAUUUUGACGCGCAAAUGAUGGGCUACGCUUCUUCGUCGACUUCGAGUUUAUGA